UUUCCGUUGAAAAUGGUUUUUAUUAAUUAAUUCAAUUAAUUGAUUAAUUUUUGUUCAUUAAUUAAAAAUUACAACAAAAUGAAUCGCAGUUUUGCUGUUUUUGUGACAUUUGUUGCGAUUUUCGCGAUCGCUGUCUCUGCCUAUCGUUACGGCUAUGAAUCGGAUUAUAAUUCCGAUUGGAGGCCACAAUAUCGGCCAAUGCAUCAUCAUAUGCAACGACAGGAGUUCCAACCAUAUCAGCCCAGAAGACAUUUUGUUGAUAGAAGAGGUUAUGGCAAUAGAAGAGAUUAUGACAACGGAGACGACAACAUUCACUUCUUUUCGUCGAUAAAUGACGACGAAGGAGACGAAGACAGACCGAGAAAAACGAAGAAACGAAAGAAUAAGAAAAAUAAACCCGGAUUUUGGUUGAGUGCUGAUUCCGGGGCCGGAAAGAGUUACGGAAGUUUCGCAAUCGAUUAGACGAAGAUUUAAAAAAAAAAUUUUAAGUAAAAACUAAAACAAAAAUGGCUUAUAAUUCUGUUUCCGUUUCAUUAAAUGUUAAUUAAAAAUUAUUAAUUAAAUGGAAAAAUAAAAACACGAAAUGAAUAACUCUUUUAUUGCUUUAUUGAUUUUGGUCGCGAUUUUCGCUGUUUCUGCUUAUUAUUAUCCGGAUUACGAUUACCCGCCACCGCAAUGGUUCCGACCUGUGAGACACCAAUUUCAGUAUCCUUCAGAACAUCGUUAUGGACAGCAUUAUAGACAGGAUUAUGGACAUAGAGGUAGAGAUAGAAAUCGCGAAAUUAAUUACUUCGCAAAAAACAUUGAUGACGACGACGAAGAUAAUGACGACAUGGAUUCGCGACCUCAAAAGCAAAGUAAAAGAAAACUGAAAGCUCCGAAUAGACGCGACACAACUAGAAAUGGAUUUCUUUGGCCAGAAGCUCCCGGUAAACACCGAAGUUUUGAUUGGCUCAUUAGAUCAAUGCCUUUUCUCUAAAAUGAUUAAAAAUCUAAUGAUUUUUUUGUUUAAAUAAA